AUAUAAAAGAGAACACUCAGUCAAUGGAAUACUGCUUUGGCAGACGGUUCUGAUACCCGUUAAAAGUCACAACGCACGCAAGUUGUGAGACACUUGAGGACUGCCUUUAGUGUCAGUGACAUCCGAGAAAACUGAGUAGACCGGGAGAUCCUUAAAAUUUUCGCGAAUCUACCGUAAUUUCCGUUUUUCGGAUAUCGUAACGAUAGGCACAAUUGGUUCUGAAUAGAGAAAUCCGAAAUACACUGUGCAUUUGGGCAAAAUACAUGGAUGAUAUUUGUGGUUAAAUACGAUUUUAUUGGAGAUAUUUCAUGACAUUUCCCAUCUAAACUCUUGUCCACUGGAGAUAUUUGGUCUGAUAUGGGUCCAGUGACAUUUUCAACCUAACCAUUGAUUGGUAUUAUGUGAAAAACCAGUGGAUGUGGAGUGUUUUUGCUGGGGCUGAAAGUAUUUUGGAAUUGAAGAAAAACAUCUGACAGAGAGUGACAUUUCAAACGUCAUUCGGUUCGGUGCGUGCUAUAAAUGUUAAAUUGUGAAAUAUUCAUGGGAUUUUAACGGACUUUUUUCCCAUCGACGUGAAUUUGUGCGUGAAUAUCGUGAAAAAUGUGAAUUUGUAAUGUGCUAAAUAGUUAAAAAAAAUCACAGAGAACGCAAGGAAAAAUAGUGACGCGGUACUUUGCCAUAUGUUGCGAAUAGAGAAUUCGAGAUUUUCGCAAGGGUAGCAAGUUUGAUAAGCUUAUAUUAUCCACAAAUCUCAAGUAUUCACAAGACACAACAAACAUUUCAAAGUUUGAGGAGAAUUUGAUUAGAUUGAAGUUGGACCCAUUGAAGGAACCCAAAGUGAAAAUCCAAAUCACAUCUCUGUCCCAUUAUUAGUUUCAAUCUACCAACCCCUGCUCUCUAGAACGAAUGACUCCUUAGCAAUUGAGACUCAACAAUGUGCACGAUUUUCAACGUUGGUCCACCCUCUUAGGACACAUUACUCCCUCGAAUGAAAUUCCUUCUACCCAAAAUUGAGGAUGAGAGGAAUCCUAUAAAUUGAAGUAGUGUAAUUCUGUCCCUUGGUCAUUCGCUUUGUACAUGUGAGUUUUAGAACAAGAAGAGAAUUUUGGUGGUGAGUUUUGGGAGAGACAAGUUUAGCAAAGGCAAAAGCAGAAAUUGGAACAGUUUUGUGGUAAAAUAGGACAUGACUAUAUUGUUGUACCCAAAGAAGGAACUUGGUAAUUGUUAAAAUCGAUCUGUGUUGUGCUUGAGCGCCAGUUGACUAGGAAAAUUGUCGUCGUGUCUCUGGCGAGUUUUUGCGUCAACGCACUUCUUGUUGCGACAAUUUACAUAUAAUUGGGAAUUCUAUCAACUUGCCAUACCAGACUAACAAGUGCACCGGUGCAAAAACCAAUUCCAAUAGAAACGGACGCAACAACCACCAACUUCUGUAUCGAUAAAUUAUCUCACGACGCGACAGUGGCAAAGAGGAAUAUCUUGAACUGUUUUAAUGUGAACGAAUUGUGUGAAGACAGAGAUAAAAGGGAGAUACAAGAAUUGCCUUCUUUUUGCUCAUCCUACCCCACCCGAAAAUUGCCACAAAUUAGCUGGGAGUGUUUGAAGCAGGAGGCCAAAAGUGCCAAAGGUACUUUGCCAAUAGUCCACAAAAUAAUUCUUCAACACCGGUGAACAUUAAUAAACCGGGUACUUUAAACGAUGUGCUGAACUUAAGAUACAAAGAGACAAAAAAAAACUUAAAACUCUCAAGAAGAGAAUACCAUGAGAUGUGAAGUUUCUUGCAUUUUCUCCACUAAUAAAGUGUAGUUGUUUUACCGCUUAUAAAUUCAAUUAGGUGUCAAAAUUGUCCAGGAAAGUUUGUCUGUAACUUUUUUGAGGAAUAAGCUGAACAAUCUCUCGAAAAUGGCUAUUACAAUGUCACCACAGCACUUUUUUGGAUUUAUCAUAGCACUUACGUGUAUCCUGUGCUACCACAAUAGUUUAAAUUGUGGUUUUGUGUUUGAUGACAUUAGUGCUAUUAAGGAGAAUAAAGACCUGCGACCUCAUACACCGUGGAAGAAUAUUUUCUUCAAUGAUUUCUGGGGUACACCAAUGCAAAAGGAGCAGAGUCAUAAAUCGUAUCGACCACUCUGUGUCUUGACUUUUCGAUGGAAUUAUUCAUUUCACGGUCUCGAACCGGCUGGAUAUCAUUUGGUGAACUUACUGCUGCACACCCUGGUCUCAUUAAUGUAUUUCAGGAUGUGCACGAUGUUCCUGCCAGAACUGAUGAGUUUCUCUGCUGCAAUGCUCUUUGCCGUUCAUCCAGUUCACACUGAAGCUGUCACAGGUGUUGUUGGCAGAGCCGAAACUCUAUCAUCAGUCUUCUUUCUGGCUGCAUUUCUCAGCUACGCCAAGGCGACAGAACAGAAAAAAUCUACUGGUUGGAAACAUUUGUUCCUCUCCAGUAUUUUCGUUGGGACGGCUAUGUUGUGCAAAGAACAGGGUAUUACUGUUACCGGCGUCUGUGCCAUCUAUGAAAUCUUCGUAGCACAGAAGAUACGCCUCAGUGAUUUACAGCAACUGUGCCGAGCAAUUUUGGGUGGAAAAAGUGUUUCCCUGCCAUCUGGAUCAUGGCCCAAUGAGGCAUCCAAGCGUCUGGCUGUUCUGUGCCUAAGCACAAUUGGACUUCUAUUUGUCCGUCUUCAAAUAAUGGGAUCCCAAUUGCCAGUUUUUACCAGAUUCGAUAAUCCAGCUUCAGUGGCGACAACACCGACUCGCCAGCUAACUUACAAUUACUUGGUAUCGCUAAAUCUCUGGCUUCUGCUGUUCCCCUGUGAUUUAUGCUGUGAUUGGACGAUGGGAACUGUACCGCUGGUUGAAUCGUUUAUGGAUCCACGCAACAUUGCCACAAUAUUGGCAUAUUUGCUAAUUGGUAUUCUCGUUUGGAUAGCCUUUAUUAGUGAGAAUCGGCAGCAAACUACAAUUAUUAUCAUGGGAUUAUCAUUCAUGAUUCUGCCUUUCCUGCCGGCAUCCAACCUAUUCUUUCCUGUUGGUUUCGUGAUAGCUGAACGUGUCCUGUAUAUGCCAUCAAUGGGCUUUUGUCUUCUGGUAGCCUACGGUUUUCACCUACUGUCGCAGAGGUUCAACAAAAAGCUGACAUGGAUGUGCCUAACAUUUCUAUUAAUAACGCAUGCAACCAAAACUUAUGUGCGAAACUGGGACUGGGAGACAGAAUAUUCAAUAUUCAUGUCAGGACUACGAGUAAAUCAGCGGAAUGCAAAAUUAUUCAAUAAUGUGGGACAUGCUCUUGAGAGUGAGGAACGAUAUAGGGAAGCCCUAACAUUUUUUCAUACAGCCGUUCAGGUGCAGGAGGAUGAUGUUGGUGCCCAUAUAAAUGUGGGUCGUACAUACAAUCACCUGAAAAUGUUCAAAGAGGCCGAAGAGGCAUAUCUAAAGGCAAAAUCGCUGCUCCCUAAGGCCAAACCAGGUGAAUCAUAUCAGGCACGUAUUGCACCAAACCAUUUGAAUGUAUUCCUUAACUUGGCCAAUUUAAUAUCGAAAAAUCAUACACGUCUCGAGGAGGCUGAUAUGCUCUAUAGACAGGCGAUUAGUAUGCGUGCCGAUUAUACCCAAGCAUACAUAAAUCGCGGUGAUAUAUUGAUAAAGCUGAACAGGACCAAGGAAGCCCAGGAAGUCUAUGAGAGAGCACUCCUCUACGACAGCAGCAAUCCGGAUAUUUAUUACAAUUUGGGCGUUGUAUUCUUGGAGCAGGGUAAAGCGUCACAGGCUCUGGCGUAUUUAGAUAAAGCCCUCGAAUUCGAUCCAGAGCACGAGCAAGCACUACUUAAUUCAGCCAUUCUGCUGCAGGAGUUGGGACGUGUCGAACUACGGAAGAUUGCACGUGAACGACUCUUGAAACUUUUAGCAAUUGAUGAUAAAAAUGAUCGUGUCUUCUUCAAUUUGGGUAUGUUGGCGAUGGACGAUAGGAAUAUUGAGGAGGCGGAAAAUUGGUUUAGACGAGCCGUUCAUCUCAAGCAUGACUUUCGGAGUGCUCUGUUCAAUUUGGCCCUCCUCCUGGCAGAUGAUCAUCGACCCCUGGAGGCAGCACCCUUCCUCAAUCAACUCGUUAAAUACCAUCCAGACCAUAUCAAAGGAUUAAUCCUCCUCGGUGAUAUCUACAUCAACAACAUCAAGGAUCUGGACGCUGCAGAAAAUUGCUACAAGCAAAUUCUGCAGCUAGACCCAGUCAACAUUCAGGGACUCCAUAAUCUCUGUGUAGUGUAUGUUGAACGAGGAAAACUACUUCAGGCUCAGGCAUGUCUGAAGCAUGCACAUCGUUUGGCACCAACUGAAGACUACAUCCUGCGACACCUCCAGAUUAUUCAAUCUCGAGUGUUGCGUCUGAAACAGGCUCCUGGAACUGACAAAGAGAAGGAAUUGGCCUUCAGUGGUUUCGAUCCUCGGGAAUUUGGUGGAGAAUCGAAACACCCUGAUGAUGAGGAUGUUGCAUCUGAAGUGACCAGCAAUGUAUUAGGCAUGGAAACAACAAUGGGUCAGAGCCUGGGUGGUAUCGGACGGAGUAAAGUGGUGCUCAUUGACAAGGAUCUGAUAAGUGAGUCCAAGACAAAGGCGAAACCCCUUGUAAGUAAUACCAAGUAUAAAACUGUCAACAGCAAGGGUUGAUUGCACUCUUGGCACCUCCUCCACGUCACUCCAAGUGAUUGUGGCUGGAGUGAAGCUUUCAAUCAGAGCUGUGGAAUUUACUUUUCUAACUUGUAAGCACGACGAUUUAGCUAAAUAUUUGUGCUACAGCACAUUUGCGUCGACCAUGACAGUGAUUUUUGUAUUAAAAUAUUAAAAUAAGAAUUUGUACAAGCUAAUAGAGAUUAUUUUAUUGUCUAAGGCUUUUGUCGAUUAAAAAAUAUAUAUUAGAUGUAAUCAAUGGAACAGAGAGACAACAAAAAGGACGAUCUCAGAAACAGGUGAAUUGUAAGAAAAGUUUUUCUUAAUAUAAAAUUUACCUUACAGACCACUCUAACACUAUCAAGUCAUAAUUUUCCCAGAAAACCACUAUUCGAGAAAUAGAGAGAAUCAUCUUUUAGAUAUUUACUCGAUUAUAGAAAAUUCUUUGGAUAAAUUUGGUAAAGAAAAAUAUCCUGCAUUCCAGGCUGCGCAUGGACAUAAUUUACGUGAAAAUUCUCUGUAGAUUUCAAUCAAAUUUCCUUUUGACUUAAACUCAAAUUAAAAGAGAAUUUUUAUACCGAAAUAAUUUUAUUGGUUUUAUUCCGCGUAAAAUUUCACUCCAAGUGGCUAUAUUUUUACAAAUUAAGACCUGAAAUUAUUUUUAUUUUUUAUAUUUUUGUCUUUUGAUGGAUAAAUAAUAAAACAAAUGACCUACUAAUAGUGUCUAAAAUCCCAUCAUUGAAAAAUAGGCCACGCCCCUUCUAGUAUUUUCAAUCGAUACAGCAAAUAUUUCUAUUUUUGCAAAAUUUCUUUCAUAAUUUGUGAAUUGAAAUGAGAACGAUAAACCUAAGGGGUAAAGAGCAUUUGUUAUCACAGAAUUCGCUUUUCGUUAACCAUUUUUAAUUUCCAUAAGGGAACUGAAAGUCUGUCUCUCAUUACAGACCCCAAUAAAAAAAACCUUCAAUAAAAAAAAAUAAGAGAUGGCUGAAAAACGUUAUUGGUCAUAUAUAAUAAAGGGGGCUUGAUUAGAAAAAUUAAGAGCGGGGUUUAUUUAUGCAAAAUAAAUAAUAAAUUUAUUAUUAUUUAUAGUUUCCAAAUACAGGACACUGUAUUUGGGAACUCUAAAGACAAAUUUUGCGAAUAAAAGCGAUCAAGGUUCAAUUUCAAUUUCAAUUUUUUUAUUUAAAAACACACAGUAAAAAAAUAUUUCGUAUAAUUGUUCGUAAAUAUUUGUGAAUUCCUAUUGGGAACUUACAAAAUGCUCGUUAAUCAUAUAACCCACUAAAAAGUUCGUAAAAGUUUGUACUUUUUGUUGUCAGAAAAUGGAAUAUCAGUCUACUUUAACUUGUUCUUCUCUUUAUUUUCUUUUUCCAACAUUUCGGUCCGAACGAUCCGAAUUUUUCCGAACAAUACGGUCGAAUCAAAUUAUCGUAUACCAUUUUGUACUUUUUCAUAAACCUUGGCCUCAAUUCUAAGAUCAAGAUCAAGAUCAAGAAAAUUUCAGAAUUUUGGUAUUCUGAAAUCAAAAAAUCAAGACACAAACCAUGUGGAUAUUAAGAUUUGUAAUUCUGAAACCACUAUUUCAAGAUUUCAAGAAGUCGAAUUUCUGAUUUCUUGGAAUAAUUCCAGGAACCUCUUCGGGUACUUGGAAUUUUCAAGAUACUAACUAUUUGAUGUUUCAUACAGAAAUUGCUCUUAAUGAGGUACAUUUUUAUAAAGGAGGGUUUAAAAAGAAAAAUUAUCUAUGAAAAAUACUGCGAUUGAUCUUGCAAUUUAUUCGAAAUGAUACAGAUACAUAUUUCUAUAUGUUAUAUUGAACUACAACAUCAUGAGAAUACCUGCAAAAAAAUCACAUCUUGGAUAAGCAUUUCAAGGUUUAUCACAGAUUAUCAGUUUGAUUUGCACUUUCUGUUUAUCGUCCCUGAUUUAUUCUGUAAUACGUCCUAUAUAAUUAAUUUUCCUAAUUCUCAACAAAAAUCUCAACAAAUUCAAGAGAGGAAUGAAGAUAUUUGUCAAAAGUGAUAUUUUGUUAAGUGUGAGAAAGCUUGAAAUCUUGGUUCUUAGCAAAGACACUUUAAGUUCAGUAAAUGCUUCGGGUCAGAAUAUGAAAUCUUGAUCUUGGAAAUAUUUGACAGCUUCAAAUUUUGAUCUUCAAUUUGGUCUCAGAAUUGAGACCAAUGUUCGUAACUUAAGUAAUUUACGAGGGGUUUUUAGUUCCUUUACAAAAUGUAUUCGUACAUUUUUGUUCGUGUGACAAAACUUUACAAACAAGUGGCAAAAUCUUACGAACUUUUUUGUGUGUUUACGAACAUUUGCGAACGAGUUUGUAAAAGUUUGUAAAAUAACAAAAACACUUGUCAAGUGCUCAUUUUACGAACAAUGUUUGUGAAAAAAUUACGAACUUUUACGAUUUUUUUUGUGGGUUAUACAAUUUGCGUAUGCGAUUGAUAUAAAACGGAAGAUGUAAUUAUUUUUUGAAUAAAAAAUAGUAAGGUAAUAUUUACAAAGGGAAAAUUUGAAAGUUUAAAAUGAUUACUGUUCAAUUUUGUGUUUCUUACUAACCAAAAUUGAAUAUCUUGUAGCUUAUUUUAAAUUUAAUUCUUGGCGAUUUACAAAAUCAAUAAAGAAAAUUUUUUUGCAUAAUAAAUGUCUAUGCGCAGCGCCUAAUUUCCAACCUCUUCCAUUUUUAAAAGAUUUGUUUGGAAUAAUGCUCACCAAUUUAUGUCACAGAAAUAUUUUGUCUAUUCUCAUUGCCUCAUUUAUCAAAUAAAUUUCGUAAAAUUAUAUUUUGUAGCAUGCGAAAAAUCAGAAACACGUAAAUGACCAUCCUUUUAGCACUAACAUUAAAAUAAAAAAAAACUCCAAAGCAGGACAAUGACAAUCCGCUCCAAGUAAUUAAUAUGGGAUGUUAUUAAACAUCAAUUUUCACACUAAUUUUAUUCCCACCUGUAUUUUUUUAUCACGCAAAUACAAAAUUAUUAAAUUACUGUAGUUAAAAGUCAAAAAAAAACUUCAUUGAUGCAGUUGAGUGACAAAAGUGGAUUAUUUUCACAUGAACUGUGCAUGUUGGAUAAUUUGUAUCCAUUAGCACCAUUUUUUGUUGCUAUACAGCUCAACUAUCAGUCUAUCUUUGGUAAAUUACUAAAAUUUUGUAGUCAUUUACCCAGUCAUUUUUUUUGCACCCUUAGCGCACAUUUCCAGUGAAAAAUUUCCCAUGCUAUUUCAAAGAACUUUUUGCCAGUAUCAAUUUUCAACGACUAAAAAAAUUUUUUGGCAGAGUUUAAUGGAUAAAGAAAGCCAUUCAUGUGUGUAUAAAAAUUUAAGGAUCUCUUUUACUACUUGACUUUUUUUUUACGGGAAAUCGAUAUCAUUAAGAGAUGCGGUAUAAAUCGACAGACAUCUCAAUUACUGAGGAAAAUCUAUACUUUUGAACAUGCAUUAAUCCUUCUUGGGGGGAUUGAGAUGGUGAAAAGUGGAUUAUAUUUUUUACACAAAAGCACAUAAAUUCGAUUUAUGAAUAAAAUGGAGGCUUUCGAUAUUAUCAAAUUAUGUUGGUUUAUGAAAGAAAAUUCAAUAUCGAAAGGAGAUGUAAAAAAAUCAAUACGAAUUCUCUUAUGAUUCUCUAAUGAAGAAUCAAAUACAAACAAAAAUGAACGUUGAAAUCAACUUCGGCUAAAUGCACAAGGAGUUCGAAAAUAAAUAUAUUUAAAAAAAAAAGAAAUUAAAA